AUUGCAAUAUACUUCUAUAUAUCUUUGAGUUAUUAUAGUCUCUUAUCAAACACAGCAAACACAGAAGCAAAAGAUAGAGAAAGUGCAACAUAAAGCUAGAAGAAAUAACAAUGGAUCAGGUGUACAUGAAAGGAGGCCAUGGAGAAGAAAGUUAUGCAAAUAACUCAUUGGUUCAGGGAGAUGUGAUUUCUUCUACAAAGCUCAUAAGAGAGGAAGCUAUAACUAGUCUAUAUUCCAACACAUUUCCUAGUAGUCUUGCAAUUGCAGAUAUGGGUUGUUCUUCUGGCCCAAACACUUUAUCAGUGGUCACAGAAAUUAUCAAGGUUGUGGAAAUGCUUUGUAAAAAACUGAAUCAUUCGUCUCCCGAAUACAAAAUAUAUUUGAAUGACCUCGCAGGAAAUGACUUCAACAGUGUCUUUAAGUCACUUGACAACUUCAAAGAGAAGAUAUCUGAUGAAAUCAAAACUGAAAUAGGCAAUUGCUAUUUCUUUGGAGUACCCGGUUCUUUCUAUGGUAGAGUUUUUCCUGAUCGAAGUCUGCAUUUUGUCCACUCCUCUUAUAGUCUUCACUGGUUAUCAAAGGUUCCGGAGGGUUUAAAUAAUAAAGGUGCCAUUAACAUCCAAAGCAAUAGUCCUUCGAAUGUUAUCAAAGCUUACUAUGAGCAAUUUCAAAGAGACUUCUCAUUUUUCAUCAAGUGUCGUGCGGAGGAAAUAGUUGAAGAGGGUGGCAUGGUUCUAACUUUUUUGGGAAGAAAAGGCGAUGAUGCAAGAAGCAAGGAUUGUUGCUUCAUUUCUGAGCUUUUUGCCACUGUUCUUAAUGACAUGGUUUUAGAGGGAAUUAUAGAUGAAGAUCAAUUGACUACUUUCAACAAUCCUAAUUAUUACCCGUCUCCUCAUGAAGUGAAAUUAGAAGUUCUCAAUGAAGGAUCGUUUGACAUCAAUCACUUGGAGGUGUCAGAUAUAGAUGUAAAUGCUUCUAAUGAUCAUAGUGCAUAUAAAUUUACACAAUCCAUGAGGGCCGUGUUUGAGCCUGUGCUAGUUAGCCAUUUUGGCGAAGCUAUCAUUGAAGAUGCUUUUAACCGCUAUCAAGAAAAAGUCACAGAUAUAAUGGCCAAGGAAAUAAUAAAGACGACUUAUUUUACCUUGUCAUUGACUAGGAAAUCAUAACAAGGAUGAAGUUCGGUUUACCUGUUUGUGAUUUUCUCAGCAACAAAACAUAUUGCAGAGCCUUUGUUUUGAUUUGUUAAUGCAAGCAAAGAAUAAGAAUUAUAGGACUAUUUAUUGUUGUAUUGCUUUCGGAAAUGAGUAAUAAAAUUAAUUAUACAAACAUUGUAAUAUUUGUUCUUGAUAAGUAUAGUCCUUUACCUGGCCAAACAUUAACUUUACUUAUAA